AACCUCAGGAUGGAGUCUGUUGGGAAGUUUGAGUUCAACAGGAAGAACUUGAUUGGCCACGGUGCCUUUGCAAUUGUGUUCAAAGGCAGACAUAAAGAGAAACGUGACUGGGAAGUUGCUAUAAAGUGUAUCAACAAGAAAAACUUGGCCAAGUCGCAGUCUUUGCUUGGGAAGGAAAUCAAAAUAUUAAAGGAACUCAAACAUGACAACAUUGUUCGAUUACUUGACUACCAGGAGAUGGGCGGAUCUGUGUAUCUCGUAAUGGAGUACUGCAACGGAGGCGACCUGUCUGAGUAUCUCCACUCCAAGGGUGCACUGAGUGAGGACACCAUCCGUGCAUUCCUACAGCAAAUUGCCCAGGCCAUGAAGGUCCUGCAGAGUAAAGGCAUCCUCCACAGAGACCUCAAACCCCAGAACAUUUUACUCUGCCACCCAGAGGGGCGCAGGUCCAGUUCCAUCAACACUAGCAUUAAAAUAGCUGAUUUUGGGUUUGCGCGGCACCUCCAGACAAACACCAUGGCUGCCACACUGUGUGGCUCUCCCAUGUACAUGGCUCCUGAGGUCAUCAUGUCUCAGAACUAUGACGCCAAGGCUGAUCUGUGGAGCAUAGGUACUAUUGUGUACCAGUGUCUGACUGGAAAAGCCCCUUUUCAUUAUAAAGAGUAA